CAAUCACAAAGAAAUGACUUUCCACCGUAUCCUACUUCUUCUCCUCCUCCUCCUCCUCCACAUGCCACAGUCUCCAGCCGCGGCCGGCGGCUCAUGGUCUCUCCUCCUCCCCUCCAUUGGCAUCUCCGCCAUGCACAUGCAACUCCUCCCCACCGACCGUGUCGUUAUAUACGACCGUACUGACUUUGGCACCUCCAACAUCUCCCUUCCGGACGGAAAAUGCCGCCCCAACUCGACCGAUUGCUCUGCGCAUUCGGUCGAGUACAAUAUUGCAUGCAACACCGUACGUCCACUUAUGGUCCUCAGUAAUGUCUGGUGUUCGUCGGGCACAUUAAUGCCCGACGGGAGUCUAGUCCAGACAGGAGGGUGGAGUGAUGGUGAUCACGUGGUUAGAAUAUAUAAAUCAUGUGAUAACUGUGAUUGGCGGGAAAUACCAACUGGAUUGAGUCAACCAAGAUGGUAUGCCACCAAUCACCUAUUACCUGACGGCCGUCAAAUCAUUGUUGGCGGCCGUCGGUCAUUUAAUUAUGAGUUUUACCCAAAAACAUCGGCGACCGAGACUGAUUUUACUUUGAUGUUUCUGGUUCAAACUAAUGAACCAGACGUCGAAAACAAUUUAUACCCGUUUGUUUUUUUGAACACAGACGGGAAUAUUUUCAUCUACGCGAACUACCGUGGUAUUUUAUUUGAUUAUGUCCGGAGCAAAGUUGUCCGGACUUUUCCUGCGAUUCCCGGUGGUGACCCGAGGAAUUACCCGAGCACGGGCUCAGCCGUACUACUCCCAUUGCAUAUUGUACAAGGGAAUGUCGACUGUGUUGAAGUUCUAGUUUGUGGGGGUGCACCUAGAGAUGCAUUCAAAAAUGCAAAUAAUGGGAAGUUUGAUGGGGCUUUGGAUACUUGUGGCCGGAUUAAAAUAUCCGACCCGGAUCCACAAUGGGUCAUGGAGACCAUGCCUUUAGCACGUGUCAUGGGUGAUAUGGUAUUGCUACCAAACGGUGACGUUUUGAUCAUUAACGGUGGAUCCGCCGGGGUUGCCGGAUGGGAUCUUGCCCGGGACCCGGUUUUAAGCCCAGUAAUUUAUGGGCCUGAUAAACCGACUAAAAGUCGGUUUGAGGUGCAGACACCGAGCACUAUAGCUAGAAUGUACCACUCGACUGCAAUUUUGCUAAGAGAUGGUCGGGUUCUUGUUGGUGGAAGUAAUGCACAUGAUAAAUAUGAAUUUACAAACGUACUUUAUCCUACUGAAUUAAGCCUAGAAGCAUUUUCACCCGCUUAUUUGGAUCCAAGUUUAUCCGGUUUACGCCCAAAUAUCAUCUCUCAUGAGACCAAAACAACGAUUCAUCACGGGGAAAACUUUGUAAUCCGGUUCAUAGUUUCAUGCCCCGUUGAUCCAAAUUUGGUUAAGGUUACAAUGGUGGCACCAUCUUUUAACACACACUCAUUUUCCAUGAAUCAACGGUUGUUAAUCCUCGAUGGGGGUAACACCACCGUUGCAGUCGGAAUGUCUCACUACGAAGUAAGUGUGGUGGCGCCGCCUUCCGGAAACAUUGCUCCGGCAGGCAAUUAUAUUUUGUUUGUAGUCCAUCAAGAAGUUCCAAGCGAAGGCAUAUGGGUUAGUAUACGAUAAUAGUUUCGGUUUCAACUUUGAAUUCUUUUUCAUGAAGUACAUUUUUUUUACUUUCUUUUAUUAUAUUUUUUAUGUUGACCUAUUUAUCAAUUGUGGAUAUAUCUAUAUCUUAUUUUAAGUUUAUA